UGCAAUCGCAUUCCCUCUAAAGCAAACUUCAUACCCGGCGCUUGCACAUCCCCCGAUCCACCUGGGCUGAGGCGGACCUCGAAUCCACCACGAUGGCGGUCGAUACCAGCUACUUGACCACCCAGGUCAACACCAUCGUCUCCGAACUACAUGGCAUCUUUGAUGACAUUGGUGUUCCAAGUCACGAGCGCGACGCGCGUGAAGCAGAGCUCUUCAGUGCGUUGUCCGAAACGCUCAGCAACCAUCUCAAACUCGUGGACACUGAGAAGAAGGAGAUGGAAGAAGAGGCGCAGCGACUGAUCACCGCGAUUCAACAUAUGGAACAUUCGCUGGUGGACGAGAAAGCCAAUGGACAGUAUCAGCUCGAUCACAAUGCCUUGCGCAUCAGCUACCCGCUCAACCGUUGUUUGGCUUUCUUGCGCGAGGAACACGGCGCGUUGAGUAAAUUGCAUAAUGAGCGCUUCGAGCAGGUCAGAAAGCUGGUGGAGGCCCUCGAAUCCUACGCGUCGCAUCUUGAAGAAACAUUCGUCACCAUCGAACUGCCGCCGACGGCCCCUGGCACCACGAUCUCGCCUAGUUUCGAUCUGUCCCCGUCAUAUGUUACCGCUUUGGACGACGAAUUUACGAGAGUCUACGAAGAAUACCAUCGCCGCCUCGGAUUUGUCAAGACCACGUGCGAGGAAAUCAUCAAGUUGUGGGCCGAGCUUGGCACCCCCCAGGUACAAACGGACACAAACAUUGUCAAGUUCUAUCGGGAGGCACCUGAGCAGCUAGGUCUUCAUGAGUCCGAUCUGAACAACCUGAAAGCAAAGCGCGAAAAGCUGCUGGAAGAGAAGAGAGGUCGGGAGCGUAAGCUGAAGGACCUCAGGACCGCGGUGGAAGCGCUCUGGGUACGAUUCGGGAUUGAUGAGAGCGAUAGAAAGGAGUUUCUGGCCGCAAACCGUGGCUGUGGACUUCGGACGAUCAACGAGUUCGAAGAAGAACUAGGUCGUCUGAACGAACUCAAAAGCCAAAACCUGCAUCUCUUCGUUGAGGAUGCCCGAGUCCGGUUGCAGGAGCUGUGGGAUGCACUAUACUUCUCGGAAGAAGAGAUGAUCGACUUCACUCCAGCUUUCUCCGACGUGUUCAGUGAUGCCCUGCUUGAAGCCCACGAAGGCGAGAUUGCACGACUGGAAACCCUGAAGGCACAGCGCGCGCCAGCUCUGGCGCUCAUUGACAAGCAUCGCGAGCUCUUGGCCGAACGGGAGGCUUUGGCUAUAUCUAGUCAAGACGCCUCCCGUCUCAUGGCGCGUGGGGCGAAGGGUGAAAGGCGCGACCCAGGCAAGUUACUAAGAGAAGAGAAGAUGAGAAAGAGAAUUGCGAAAGAACUGCCCAAGGUUGAGGUGGAUCUCAGGAAAGAGCUGGAGAGAUGGGAAGAAGAAUACGGCCGGCCAUUCCUCAUCCACGGCGAAAGAUACUUGGAGAAGCUCACCCCAGUCGUCACCAGACCUCCCACACGGUCCAAGACUCCCUGCGCUGCCCCCGCUAGUGCCACCAAGCGAAGCACUGGCCAGAUGCAGCCACCAUCGCGCCCGGCCAGUGUCAUGAGGGGGGCCCCACCCCCGCGCUCUGCAAGCAAGACGCCCACCGGCAAUCAUCCUCCAACCAAGUAUAACACCAUCGGUCCGUCGAGAGCGCCUUCUAGAGCGGGCAACAAGUCUCCCUCUAAAAUCCCGGCCCGAGUGCCACUCAGUAAUAUGCCCCAUGCCAACAAUUCCCCCCAACGGCGCGCGGUUCCUGGGGCGUAUUCUUCGAGCACAAUCAAUGGCAAAAUCCCAGCGCCGCGUCCACCUCCACCUCGAAUGCGGGCAUUGACUGGUGGUGAAUCACGAGAGGAGCGGAUGUCUUACCUCUUUGACCCUCCGCGGAGCGCCAGCGCAUUGUCGAAUUCAUUGGUGCGACCCGUGAGCCCUGAAGACGUGUAUGAUGACCGUCACCAGCGCUCUUUUGUCAGCUCGUCUGCGUUCUCUCAUCGAUCUACCGGGUUUUCAAAGUCAUCUCUUUCAUCAGUCUCAUCGUUAUCCUCUUCCAUGCAGGCGUUUCCCAAACCCAAUCCCUAUCUGCAGCGCGCAGCUCCACCUCCGGCUCCGGCACCCAGACAAGUCUCUAAUACGUCAACCGUCAUCUCGGCAAACACCGAGUCGGAAAACUGGGAGACGUUCGAUUCUGGCACUGACUCGGAAGCUGAUGCUAGCGAUAUCUAUUACGCUAAACUUCGGGCGGCUCACGGGAAACGCCUGUUGGCUCCCGAGGAGCCCUCCGUUCUUUCUCUGGGAGGGAAAAAAGCCAAGGGCAUUCGGAGUGUCAGUCCUGACGAGCCCGCCGACAUGCAGCACGGACAGAUGAUGCAUGCAGGGGAAUGUGAUGAUGAGUGGACGGACAACCUGGAGCCCUAUUGAAGCAUCUGAGGGUGCUUUACUUACUCUACUUCCGACUCCCAGUUUUCUGGGCCUAGAGCACGGUGAUCAGCUCUCUCUGAUAACCGCCUGUUC